AACCAGGCUAGACGAGAGCCGCACCCCGAUCGAUAUCCGCGUCAACAACCGGUCAUCGAGAUUCAUAGGAAGACUUUCAGGUUUCGAAACCCUGUGAAGCUGGUAUCAAGAUCAACAAGAGUAGCUUGCACGACCGAACGGGAUCUUUCGGUCAUAUCACCUGGCAACCCAGGAAUCCAGUCUAGAUAAGCAAUCGGGUAUCAGCCACACUUACAUCAACCAGGAUGAGCGCUCCUUCUUCCCCAACGAAAGAGAUGGAGAACUUGAGCGUCUCGGACAAACAGGAGAAUCAGGCGAGUGACGUGCAGCAGGGGGAGAAGAAGGAAUCUUCGGGGUCCGGAGAGGGGGUCGAGGUUUCUUCUACACCUUCGCCUUCUGCGACGCCUGCACCUGCACCCGCCCCUGUAGCAGAGUCGGCACCGGUACCAGCUGCCGAGCCGACCCCCAUUCCGACUGCCAACGGUAGCAAGACCGACGAUGCAGAAAAAUCAGCAGGAACGGCGUCAUCAGGAUCACCUGCUACCGUCCUCGCGAGGGAUAUGGUCGACGGUUCCCCCGCUUCUCCUCAGGUCAUCAAGAGCCCGCCUGCGAUCGGAGGAUUGGGAAUGAAGAGCCCCCCGACUGCACCUGUCCGACCUGGACCUAGCAUAAGUGGAAUGGGCAGGGGAUUGGCGAGUGCCAGGUCGGGGUUACAAGCUGGAAUGAGCGGAGGUGGGGGCAGCAGAUUGCCUCCGACUUUACAGGCCAAGAUUGAUGCCAUGGCGACUAGGUCGAAAUCGGGCGCACCGGCCGUAGGAGGCGGGGAUUCGACCUCGACCUCGUCCCUGCUCGCAUCCGCUGCCAACCGGGCUGCAGCACCAGGUGCUGGUGGAGGCAUUCGACCGGGAGGUUCAGGUGCUCCCUUAUUAGGAGGACUCGCCGCUCGACGUGCUGCAUCGGGAGCACCCACUUUGAGCGGUGCAGGUGGUGGAUUGAGUCGUCCCGGUGCCCCUAGCCUCGCUAGACCUGGUGGAGGCGCUCCCGUUCUCCCUUCGACCGGUCUAGGUGGUGGACCCGGUCGACGUCUGAACAGGCCUUCCGGGAUGACGCUGAGCAGUAUGGGCGGAGGUGCCGGACCGAGCGGUGGACCAAACGGGAAGAAUUCGCCUUUUGGCAACUUUUCCAAGAUCGUCGACCCGUCGGGCAAGCUCAAUUUCGAUAAAAAGGCCAUCUUGCACGCCGAGGGGGUCAACUUUUCCAACGGAAAGUCGUUCGAGAUCAACAAGGAUCAGAUGGAGUUGCAGGAAGAGUUGGGUAAAGGAAACUACGGCGAGGUGAGAAAGGUCUACCACAAGCCGACCAAGGUGACCAUGGCCAUGAAGGAAAUCCGACUCGAGUUGGAUGAAUCGAAAUUGAGCGGGAUCAUCAUGGAGCUUGACAUCCUGCAUCGAGCCAUCGCCCCGGAAAUUAUCGAAUUCUACGGCGCUUUCAUGGUUGAAUCCUGCGUCUACUAUUGCAUCGAAUUUAUGGACGCUGGGAGUCUCGAUGCCCUGAACUUCGGCGGGAUCCCCGAGAAGGAAUUGGCAAGAAUCACAAAGGCUGCAAUCAAGGGGUUGAAGUUCUUAAAAGACGAAUUGCAGGUCAUGCAUCGAGAUGUCAAGCCGACCAACCUGCUCGCCAACAAGAAGGGUCAGAUCAAAUUGUGUGAUUUCGGUGUUUCGGGUCAGCUUGAAAAGAGUUUGGCCAAGACCAACAUCGGGUGUCAGAGUUACAUGGCGCCUGAACGUAUCAAGGGAGAGAGUACCGGUCAAGUCAGCACGUACACCGUGUCAUCCGACGUCUGGUCGGUCGGUCUGACCAUCAUCGAAUUGGCCAUGGGUUGUUACCCCUACCCGCCCGAGACGUACCAGAACGUAUUCGCUCAACUUCAAGCCAUCGUGCACGGACCGCCUCCCAGGUUGCCCGAGCAAUACUCGGCCACUGCGCAGGACUUUGUCGCUAGCUGUCUUCUGAAACAGCCCGACGCUCGACCGACCUACGCACAACUGUUGGAACACCCCUGGAUGAAGGAGGAUGACGAGCGCGAAGUCGAUAUGGCUGCGUGGGUCGCUGGAGCGCUUGAAGCGAAGGCCAAGCGGAGAACCAACGGAGCGCCUGUCAGCUCGAGCGCUCCCGAGGUUGCAGAAGGUCACGCUCGUGGACCGGCCGUGCCGCCACCUUCGCAGACUGCCAACGCAGACAAGCCAUGACGAGCACAAAGGGAAUCGCACAUCAUGUGAUCUCGUACUGCACUCGUCAGGCAUAUUCUGCGGCCAUUUAGCACACGCAUCCACGCUAUUGAGCGUGCCUUAUAUUCACCACCUGAUCCAGAGAACAUGUUAUACACGCCAUUGUACUCUUCUGAUCGUCCCUUUCCGCUUGUAGCCCUAUUAUCGAGACUCUUUGACGGUUUCCGGCCUUCACCCGCAUAUGAUGAUGACACUCAUACGCUUGCA